AAGCCAUUAAAAAGUUGCCAGCUUCUCCCAUUCCACUUUCUCGCCACCACUUUCACCUGAAUCCCCCACGUCACUCUCUCUUUCUCUCUCUAAAAACUCCAUAAAGCUUAAACCUUUUUUAAGUUUUUCACACUCUUCUUCUCUCAUGUUCAAACAAUGGGAAAUCUCUGUUCUUUGUUUGCUCCGCGGCCUCCGCCUAAACCCGUGAAAAAGAAACAACCCAUCACGAAACGACAAUCUUCUACCGGUUCCAGGUCGGGUCUUAAUAGCAACCGGGUCAGGUCUUCUUCUUCGAGAAGGGACAACAAGUUCGAAGAUGCUGUGAUUCAAGAACACGCUCUUGCUGCUGCUGCUAUCCUGUUCCGACAGCAGAACGGCGGAGGAUCUUUGCCGUUUGAUCGGUCGGCGUCUCAGCGUUAUCCUGGUUCUGGUUCGAAGAAGAAUCAGUUGCCUCGUAGCUCGAGUUCGAGGUCAAGGUCUUCUACAGAUCCUCUGUUACAGCCUCACCAGUUGCUUAAUCAGGGUGUGAAGCUAGAUGACUUGGAAACAAACCAUUUUGUCCUCAUCCAUGGAGGAGGAUUUGGCGCUUGGAGUUGGUACAAAACCAUUGCACUUCUUGAGGAAGAUGGUUUCAAAGUAACCGCUAUAGACUUAGCUGGUUGCGGUAUUAACUCAUUCAAUAUAAAUAGCAUUGCCAGUUUGUCUCAGUAUGUGAAGCCACUUACGGAUGUUCUCGAAAAGCUUCCCAUAGGAGAGAAGGUGAUCUUGGUCGGUCAUGAUUUUGGUGGAGCUUGUAUAUCUUAUGCAAUGGAACUGUAUCCUUCAAAGAUUUUGAAAGCGGUUUACCUCGCUGCAGCGAUGUUAACCAACGGUCAAAGCAUACUCGAUAUGUUCUCUCUUAAGGCUGGUCAGAACGAUUUAAUGAGGAAAGCACAGAUUUUUAUGUACACAAAUGGUAAUGAAAACCCUCCAACAGCAAUUGACUUAGACAAAUCUCUUCUCAAAGACCUUUUGUUUAACCAAAGCCCUUCAAAGGACGUUGCAUUGGCUUCUGUAUCAAUGAGGUCAAUCCCAUUUGCGCCGGUUCUUGAGAAACUCUCUCUUUCAGAUGCUAAUUAUGGAUCAGUUAGACGGUACUACAUAGAGACGCUAGAAGACAGUGCCAUACCAGUGACUCUCCAAGAAAACAUGAUCAAUAGUAGUCCACCUGAAAAAGUUUACCGGUUGAAAGGCUCUGACCAUGCUCCUUUCUUCUCCAAGCCACAAGCUUUGCAUAAACUUCUACUUGAGAUAGCCAGGAUCACCCCUACUUAACACCUUUCUCACAAGUAUGAAGUAUCUUCAUUAUCAUAUUCGCUAACAGGUGUUCCAAAGUGGCCCAUGAGAUCUCUCUUCCCUUUGUAUUUUUUUUUUUUUGUUUCAUUUUGUGAUUUUGUUUCUGUUUCUUUUGUAUCCUUCCAAGGUUAUGUCUGUAUUUCUCUCUCUUUUUUUGUUUCUAUCUUUUUUUGUUCUUGUUUUACCAGAAAUAAAUUGUUCAUAAAAAUGACUGUACUGGGACAUAGACUACAAAAUUUGUUUUAAUUAUAUAUGUUCUAGAGGGUUUGGUUUCA